AUGACAGCCACGACAGCACACGCCAAUCGGGCUUUCAAUCUCCAUCCUUUCUCCACGAAUCCGCUCAAGACGCGUGACGAUGUCGUUGCAGCUGUGGGUUCACUGCUCGAUCCCCUCAUUCCUGGCUUCUCCCCAGAAAAUGCUUUGAUCAAGGUAGGCAGCACGGGUACACGUUUUGAUGAGACAGGCGCCCAAGUCGAGGGCUUCGCACGCCCAUUAUGGGGUCUUGCACCACUAUUAGCUGGUGGCAGCAAGUAUGCGGAAACCGAUAAAUUCGUUCAAGGCCUCAUCUCUGGUACGGAUCCUGAGAGCCCAGAGUUUUGGGGAUACAUGGAGGAUACGGAUCAGAGAAUGGUGGAGGCGUGUCCGAUUGGAUUCACACUUGCUGUUGCGAACAAAGAGUUUUGGGAUCCAUUGACGGACAAGCAGAAGAAGAAUGUAGAGACGUGGUUAGGGAGUAUGAACGACAAGAAGAUGCCGGAUACAAACUGGCUUUGGUUCCGCGUUUUCGCCAACCUGGGACUCGAGAGGAAUGGGGCCAAAUGGUCGAAAGAGCAACUGGAAAAGGACAUCAAACAGCUGAACACGUACUACCGUGGUGAUGGCUGGUCCAACGACGGACCUGACACAUACCGCCAGAUGGACUACUACUCUGGCUCCUUUGCGAUCCAAUACCUCCAACUCCUCUACUCCAAACUAGCCGCAGACAUUGACCCAGAGCAAGCUGAAGAGUACAAAAAGCGCGCACGCAUGUACGCGCUUGAUUUUGUACACUACUUCGACCCCGAAGGUCGCGCCAUCACCUUUGGUCGCUCAUUGACGUAUCGCUGGGCCAUGGUCGCCUUCUGGGGCGCCGUCGCCUACGCCGAUCUCGAACUUCCCGAACCACUCUCCUGGGGCGUAGUAAAAGGAAUCUGGCUGCGUAAUUUACGUUGGUGGACAACACAACACGACAUCUUCCAGUCCAAUGGCAUGCUCACAGUGGGCUACUCAUAUCCCAACUAUUACCUGGCCGAGAACUACAACUCGCCACAAAGUCCAUACUGGUGCAUGCUCGCCUUUGCCUGUCUCGCAGUCCCUGAAUCGCACCCUUUCUGGUCUGCCAAAGAAGAACCGCAUCCUUUCGCCAACACGCGCGUUGUACGCUCCCUCCCUCAUCCGCGACAGAUUGUCUGCCGGUCCGGCGGCCACAGCUUCCUCCUUUCAAGCGGUCAGUCCUGCCAUUACGCUAUCAAGAACAGCAACGCCAAGUACGGAAAAUUCGCCUACAGCGCCGCCUUUGCAUACUCUGUCUCGACCGGCUACCAGGAGCUUGAGCAAUUCGUACCAGAGUCGCAAAUCGCUUUCUCCGACGAUGGGGGCGAGUUGUGGAAGAUGCGGAGAGCGCUGAAUGGCGACUCGCAGAUUGAGGAUCGCGAUGGCGUACCUGUAUUGGUAUCAAGCAUGAAGCCAUGGAGUGAUGUGGAGAUAACAACAUAUCUGAUCCCACCCGCGGAAGACACACCAAAUUGGCAUCUACGCGUUCACCGUGUUACCUCCGGCCGCGACAUCAAGAGCGCAGAGGGCGCCUGGGCCGUCUACGGCGCACGCGAGUCCGACGGUCGCCUCCUUACUGAAUGGAACGGCACGCUGCGGACACUAGAUACUUCAAUCCCCGAGGGUGGUGCUUCAGAUUCCACAUCCGCUUUCGCAGCCUCGCCGCGUACAGGCGCAGUAGGUAUCACAGAUAUCUACCAGAGUGAGCGACAGGGCAGUGUUAUCUUAGCUGAUGCGAAUAGCAAUCUUGUUGAGAGCAGGACUGUGCUGCCGGUUGUGCAAAAAGAUGUCAAGAAGGGGGAGACGACGUGGUUCGUUACGGCUGUGUUUGCUAUGCCGGCUAGCAAGGAGGGGUGGAGGGAGAGUUGGAAGGAGGGCUGGGAGAAGAGACCGGCUGUGCCUAGCCAACUCACGACCGCCUCGGCCAUCCUCUGGGACCCCAAGUUUACUUCGCGAGCGCCCCCGGGCAGUCUCAAGCCAGUCCACGCCGGCACUCUUGUAGCCCCGCAGCGCACCGACUCGUCCAUCAGCGUCCGCAACCUCGGCGACGGCCAUACCGUGCCCAUCGUGCCUACCAUGGACAACAGAAGACACCCCAGCUCCUUCCAGCAGCUGGAGAAGCUUGGCGAGGGAACCUAUGCUACUGUGUUCAAAGGCCGCAACCGCCAGACGGGCGAACUUGUAGCCCUCAAAGAGAUACACCUUGACUCGGAGGAAGGCACGCCCUCGACGGCUAUCCGCGAGAUUUCCCUUAUGAAGGAAUUGCGCCACGAGAAUAUUGUCCUGCUACACGAUGUCAUACAUACUGAGAACAAGCUUAUGCUGGUCUUCGAAUUCAUGGACAAGGAUCUCAAGAGAUACAUGGAUUCGCGGGGCGACCGCGGUGCUUUGGAUCCUGUCACCAUCAAGUCCUUCAUGUACCAGCUGCUCAAGGGAAUCGCUUUCUGCCACGAGGCCCGCGUCCUUCACCGCGAUCUGAAGCCCCAAAACCUACUGAUCAACAACCGCGGCCAGCUCAAGUUGGCCGACUUCGGUCUCGCUCGCGCCUUCGGUAUCCCCGUAAACACCUUCUCCAACGAAGUCGUAACCCUGUGGUACCGUGCCCCUGACGUCUUGCUCGGCAGCCGGACUUAUAACACAAGCAUCGAUAUUUGGUCAGCAGGAUGCAUCAUGGCUGAGAUGUACACUGGGCGGCCACUCUUUCCAGGAACUACCAAUGAAGAUCAGGUUCAGAAGAUCUUCAGGCUUAUGGGCACACCGUCGGAGCGGUCAUGGCCGGGUAUCUCGCAGCUACCAGAGUACAAGAACAACUUUCCCGUAUACCACACUCAGGACCUGCGCCUCAUACUGCCGCAGGUCGACCAGGUCGGUCUCAGCCUCCUCAAUUGCAUGCUCCAGCUGCGACCAGAGAUGCGCAUAUCCGCCGUGAACGCCCUUCAACAUCCCUGGUUCAACGACCUGCCACAGCGGCAACAGGAGAUGGCGCAAAUGCAAGCACAGGCGCACGCCCAGGCUCAGCAAGCGCAGAUGGAAGGCUACCAAGUGCCUCAAAACGCCUACUAG